GUUCGUGACUCAAGGCCUAAAUAAUGCGUUACGUUGCUGCUUACUGUCUUGCUGCCCUUGGAGGCAAAACUGCCUCGGCCAAGGAUAUUGAGAAGAUCCUUGACUCAGUAGGUGUUGAUUGUGAUGCUGAUGAGGCCAAGAAAGUUGUAUCUGAACUCGAAGGGAAGGACCUCAAGGCUGUAUCUUAUUGUUUCUUUAAUCUUCAAAUAUUUUUAGGUAUGGGGAAACUUGGAUCCAUGCCUGCUGGUGGUGGUGGUGCCCCUGCUGCAGGUGGUGCUGCUCCUGCUGCAGCUGCAGCUGAAGAGAAGAAGCCAGAGAAGGUUGAAGAGCCAGAGGAAGAAUCAGAUUGAUGACAUGGGCUUCGGACUCUUUGAUUAAUAAAUUCCC